ACCAAAACAGGACAUUUCCUCGUCUGUUUCACGCGCAGCUAAGAGCUAACGACAGCUAGCGAAAAGGCGGCGAUAUCAGAGCUAAAAUGAAAGUGGAAGUACAAUUUUGGUAAAGUGAGAUGCAACAUUCACUCAUGUGUAUGCUAGCUGAGUGCUACAUUCAUUCAUGUGUAUGCUAGCUGAGUGCUAAAGCCGCCAGGGACGAUGAGUACGGAUCUUGUAUCGGACGUGUACACUCGCUUCUUCGCCGAUAACCUCCUGACCAGCGAGGACUGGGACGCCUGCCUGUACAGCUGUGACAGCGUGGAAGACGACCAUGACGACCAUGACACCGUGUCCAAGUACGACACGUCGUUUGACAACGACCUGGUGCUCACGCUGGAUGGCGGCGGCCCCUCAUCACCGUGGCAACACCCGUGUCACGCAGGUGAUGCCAGCAGUCAGGGGAGUGCAGAGCCCAUGGAGUUGUUGUUGCAGGUCAAAUCUGAACCGCCGUCUCCUGCAUCGUCGCCAGAGGCGGAGCGCUUGCCGUCAUCGCCCGAUCCUCAGCUCCCGGUGAAAAGCGAGAACCCUCCCACUCCUCCCCACAUGUUUGGAGACAUCAUGUCCCCCCCGCUGGGCUCCGUGGAGGUCACCGUGGCGACCACAGCUGCCUCGCCCACCCGCGGGGGCGGGGAGACGCAGCCGGCGCUUACCACACGGCUUCACGCUGUCAUGGCCGCCAUGCAAACGCAGGCCGCAGUUCUUCCCGACAUACAGCCCCGCCCCCUGUGCGUGGCCCACACGCCCACUCUUGUCCUGCAGGGCGUACCCGCCAUGGAGCAGACGCCACCAGUGCUCUGCCUGGCGCCCGCUCCCGUGGUCAAGGUGGAGCCGCUCUCGCCCGCCCUCCCCCGCCACGCGCCCCCCAGCAAGACCAUCGUCCCUGCCACGCCGUUGCCCAGCAACCACUGUAACGACAUCGACAUGAAGGUGCUGAAGCGUCAGCAGAGGAUGAUCAAGAACCGAGAGUCUGCGUGCCAGUCCAGGAAGAAGAAGAAGGAGUACGUGCACAACCUGGAGCUCCAGCUCAGGAACGCCCAGCAGGAGAACCUCAGACUGCGCCAGGAGAACCAGGAGCUGAGGGACAGACUGGAGGGCAAGUGUGGAGAGACAAGCAGCAACAAGCGAGCAGUGUGUGUCAUGGCUCUUCUUCUCUUCAUCACCUUCAGCUUUGGACCUGUCAGCAUCAUGGACAGGAAGUUGACACCAGCCUUCCAAGAUGGCGGCGGGUCCUUUUCGAGUCGCCGGCUGCUGGAUAUGCACCUGACACCUGAAGGCAAGCUGCACCUGACACCUGAAGGCAAGCUGCACCUGACACCUGAAGGCAAGAUGCACCUUACACCUGAAGGCAAGCUUCACCUUACACCUGAAGGCAAGCUUCACCUUACACCUGAAGGCAAGAUGCACCUUACACCUGAAGGCAAGCUGCACCUUACACCUGAAGGCAAGCUUCACCUUACACCUGAAGGCAAGCUUCACCUUACACCUGAAGGCAAGAUGCACCUUACACCUGAAGGGGAAGGAAAGAUAGUUCCAGAAGAUGAGGGCGGGACUUUUGAGUUCAGGAACACCAGCAACACCUUCAGUGACACCAAGGAGCUCCUCCUCCAUGACCUCCAACGCUACUUUAACUCCGCCCACUGUCCACAGUUCAACCGCUCAGAGUCGCUCAGGCUGGCAGCAGAGUUAAGAGGUUGGGUUGACAGACAUCAGAUCAACAACAACAACAAGAAGAAGAAAACUAAGUUGCUCAACAAGACCACAACCACUCAACGUGCUCAGCUGAGGAAGACCAACAUGUCAAGAUAUCUUCCCAUCCAGACACACCGCUCCAUUGAAAGUCAGCUGCAGGUAGUUCCUGGGCCGGAGGUUACCUACAGCCACUUCCUGGAUGCCAUUGAGCGUCGUGAGGACACUUUCUAUGUGGUGUCCUUCAGACGGGACCACCUGCUGCUUCCCGCCAUCAGCCACAACAAGACGCGUCGGCCCAAGAUGUCGCUGGUCAUGCCCGCCAUGUCGGUGAAGGAGAGCGUCUACAACGCCUCCCGCGGCUACGAGAUGAUGAUGCAGGUGGACUGCGAGGUCAUGGACACCCGCACGGUCCACAUCAAGUCCUCGGCCGUGCCGCCGUCGCUGCGUGACCCGCUCCCACAGGACCCGCCACACGCCAACCAUCACCACGGCAACCACACCGUCCUGCGUGGACGUCAGCAGCCGCCGCCCUCAGCCCGCAGGCGCCAGGACAAGUAUCUCAUCAGCCAAUCAGAGGGUGUCUGAAGAGGCGUCGCCAUGGCAACCAGUCUUUUCUACUCUAAUUUAAUGCUUGUAAAAACACGGUGUAAAUAUUUUUUUAUCUCCCACUGGUCACAUGACCUCCGCCAGGAUGUCAACAAUGCUGUUGCUUGGUUACCAAAAGACGCAAAUAACAUUUAAGACCCAUCAUUUUCUGCCACAUGACAUGUCCCGCCUCCACCCGCAGACACAAACACACCAAAAUAUGUCAAUCACUAUAACAUCAACUGCAAAUGAUAUAUAUACUGUAUUUAUAUAUGUAUACUAUACAUGUACUGUCUAUAUAUACUGUGUUUAUGUACAUAUACACAGUAUGUACACUACCGUUCAAUAGUGUAUAUAUAUAUGUAUGUAUAAUAUACCUAUUUAUAUAUGUGUAUAUAAAUCUAUUAUAUAUAUAAUAUAUAUAUAUAUAUAUAUAUAUAUAUGUAUAUAUAUAUAUAUACACACACACACAUACAUGGAACAGAAGGUGCACACCUUUUUGUAGCACUGCUAAUUGGAGCCGCCCACCUGGCAGGUACUGCUGAUGCGUUCACGGGAGUGCUGCUUGUGGGAUUUUGCAACUACACCGUUACAUAGAAGCAGUAACUUUACUUAACACAUAGUAACUCUACUUUAAUGAUAAAAUAUUGAUAAUAAAUCAUGUACAUUUAUGUGUGGGACUACGAAGAUGGUCAACAGUCAUGAGAUUUCGCUUCUUCCUGCUCCUUUGCGGACACAUUCCUUUGGGUUUUUUUUUUUUUAAACUUGUUUUUAUUACAUCAGUAAUGUUGUGUUGUGUUCAUCUGGAUGUCAAAUGUUGUACGUGGUGUUUGAAAUAAAUAACAAAUUCAACGUUU